CAAACUACACUACUUCGUUGCAUUUGCGCUACACAAGUCGCGCGCCCGCCAUGCAACUUGUCCUAGCCCGGCGGUGCCACCUGGUACUCGCUCUGUUCCUCCUGCUGCAGCAGGCCGUGGCUUGCUCGGCCGCCGCCGCCGCCGGCAGCAACAACGAGACGGACCGCGCCGCUCUGCUGGCGUUCAAGCACGCCGUCUCUGGAGGCGGCCGCGCCGGCCCGCUGAGCUCCUGGAACGACUCCUUGCCCUUCUGCCGGUGGCGUGGCGUCUCGUGUCACGCUGGCAAUGGCAGAGUGACCGCGCUGGUGCUCGCGUCGGCGCGUCUCACCGGCGCUAUCCCUCCGGCACUCGGGAACCUCACCUUCCUCUCGUCUCUUCAGCUGCCGGACAACGGGCUAACGGGGGAGAUACCUACGUCCGUCGGCGGUUUGCGGCGCCUCCGCAGGCUGAACCUCUCCGGCAACCAGCUCCGUGGGGCCAUCCUGGCAGAGGCGGCCCUGCUCACAAACCUGACGCACCUCAACCUGUCGCGCAAUCUGCUCGUCGGCCGUAUCCCGCCCGGGCUCGGCCGUCUCGGCGGUGCGCUGGUAAAUCUGGACCUCUCCAGGAACCAACUCACUGGGAGCAUACCGACCUCCCUCGCCGGGCUGCCGUGGUUGCAGCGGAUCCGCCUUGGGAACAACAACCUCACCGGCAGCAUACCACCGCUGUUCGCCAACAUGACGGCCCUCCUCGGAUUCACCUUCAAGUACAACUACCUUGACGGUAGCCUGCCGGAGGACAUAGGCCAGUCCUCUUGUCGGCGAGCUCCCGGCGUCUAUCUACAACGUCACCUCCAUCAGGAUGAUCGAGCUGUCUUACAACUCAAUAUCGGGGAGGCUCCGCCACGACAUCGGAGACUCGGUCCCGGAGCUCUACUUCCUCAGCAUGUUCGGCAACGAGCUCGUCGGACGGAUACCAGCGAGCCUGGCGAACGCGUCGAAGAUGCAGACCAUCAACCUGGGCGAGAACAACCUCGUCGGCGUGGUGCCCGCGGACCUUGGCGAACUCAGGGAGCUCCUCCAUCCCACCUGAGCUUCAACAUGCUGCACGCCAGCACACCUGGCGAGUGGCAGUUCGUGGAUGCCCUGACGAAUUGCAGCAAGCUGCGUGUGCUCCACAUGUUCCACAGCGAUCUCUCCGGCCAGCUGCCGGCGUCGGUUGCCAACCUGUCGACGGAGCUCGCGUGGCUGGACUUGUCGUACAACCGGAUAUCUGGGACCAUCCCCUCCGGUAUCGGCAAGCUGAGGGGUCUGACAACGCUCCGAUUCCAGGCCAACAACUUGUCCGGGGUCAUCCCGGAGUCGACGGGCCUUCUAACUGGCAUGUUUGAGAUGCUCGUCUUCGGGAACCGGCUGACCGGCACGAUUCCGUCGUCGCUCGGCAACCUCACCAAGCUGACGCAGCUGGAGCUGAGCGAAAACGAGCUCGUUGGCGAGGUGCCGCCGAGCUUAGCGGGUUGCCGCAGCCUCGCCUACCUGAGUGUCGGCGGGAAUCGGCUCACUGGGACCAUUCCAGCUCAGGUUUUCACCAUACCGGCAAUGUCCUACAUCCUAAACAUGUCCAACAACUUCAUUUCCGGCGAGGUGCCACCGGAGGUUGGCCGCCUUCAGAGUCUCCAAACCUUGGAUCUCUCCAAUAACAGAUUGACUGGUGCGAUCCCCGCGACGAUAGGCCAGAGUCAGAUGCUUCAGAGGUUAUAUCUCCAAGGCAACCUGCUCCGCGGUGGCAUCUUGCCGUCGUCAUUCGGGAGCCUCAAGGGCCUGGAGGAGCUGGACAUGUCCCGCAACAACCUGUCCGGCGAGUUCCCACGCUUUCUGCAAGACCUACGGUACCUGCGUCUCCUGAACCUGUCCUUGAACCUUCUCGCCGGUGAGGUGCCGGUCAAGGGAGUCUUCACCAACGCGACGGCCGUCCACCUCACCGGGAAUGGGGGCAUUGGGGAAUUGGGCCGGCGAGGAAUAAAGGUAAAUCGCUUGCUCUGAAAGAGGCCUACCGACACUAUGUUCUUGGAAGGGCUGACCCUCACGAGGUUCGUCGAGGAGGCCUGCUCCGGAGGCGGCAUCUUGUCCGUCAUCGAUCCGCGGCUGCUCGGCGAUGUAGGUGGACACCCGCCGCAGGUUGAGCGGU